UCUUCCUAAUCGUCGGAGAGGAGUGCUCGGCACCGCCCUAUUAGCGCGUGAAACGAGUUUAGCGGAGCGAGCAAGCCGCUGGUUCAGUUGUGCGAACUUAGUAUCACAUGGGAGUUGCUGGUGCUGAGCCUGGCAGGAUCUGCGCUCCGGGCGAUGGCCUCCCACAGUGAAGACACGUUUCCAGAUGGAAGAUGGGCACGAUGAGGAUUGUCUGACGUCCGAGACAGACCCUGGAGCUCCUUGAAAGUUUGGACUAAAACUCGGAGUGGAUUCACUGCCCCACUGACGUCGGAGGCAUCAGUCUCCACAACUUACACCUACAUUGCUUCCGGGUUCAGUGAAGACAUCUCUAUUUCUCUGGCCCACACCUUUUAAGCACCCAGCCUUAAAGGCAGGCGGAAAAAGAAGACCGUUCCCAUGGCUGAGAACGAAUCCCAGAAGGCUCCAGGGCUGUCCCUGCCGGAAGAGACGGUGGUGGGGAGUCCUGGUGCUGAAGAGCAUGGAAGUGCUCCAGAGAAGCUGGAGCAAGUGGAGUCUCCUGGAACCAAGCUGGAUGGUGCUUCCGAAACGGAGCAGAAGAGCGCAGCGGAGGAUUCUGGGGACGAGCAGAUGCCAAGCAUCGAGAAAGAGGAGGAGCAGGCUUUCCUGGUCAACCUCUACAAGUUCAUGAAGGACCGUCACACGCCGAUUGAGAGGGUGCCUCACCUCGGCUUCAAGCAAAUUAACCUGUUUAAGAUCUACAAAGUCGUGGAAAAGCUGGGAGCCUAUGAACUGGUGACUGGAAGGCGUCUUUGGAAGAAUGUGUACGACAUGUUGGGGGGCAGCCCAGGGAGCACAAGUGCUGCCACCUGCACCCGGAGGCACUACGAGAGGCUGGUCCUCCCGUACGUCCGGCACCUGAAAGGCGAAGAUGACAAACCCCUGCCCCCCACGAAGCCCCAGAAGCAAUACAAGGUGUCCAAAGAGCCAAAGGGGGCCAAAGGGAGUAGUGCUGUGGAGAAAAAGAGGGCCAAGAAGGAGAAGCUGAGGGAUCUGGUUCUGCCAGAGAAGGUGGCCCCCGAUGCUGCCUCUCCCCCUAAGCCCGCUGGUGACCCCGAGCAGGUGCACCUGCAAGAGAAUCUGGAGGGGUGCCUUUCCCUUCCAAACAGCCACGCGGCGCCCGAGCGCCAGACCCCUGAGGCCUGCCACGGCAACUGCCGGGCCCACGGCUGCUCUGAGUCCUACAAGCGGCUCUUCUCCAGCUUCUACUUCAAAGGCAACCACGGCAUCAUGUCUCCCUUAGCCAAGAAGAAGCUGCUUGCACAGGUGAGCAAGGACGAGUCCCUCUCCUGCCCUGAGAAGCACCUUAGCCACUGUCCAGAAUAUAAGAAGGCCCGAAUCCAAGAGAUCUCUGGCUCGGACCCAGAGUCUGGUCCGAAGAGCCCGCUGGCCACCAGUCACCCCCAGAAAGAGGCGCAGAACCCUGUGCUGGAGAGAAGCAGCUCUGGCGGCCCAGCCAAUUCCUCCCAGCCCUCGAAAGCAAGUGAAGGAAUGUUGAAGGUCUCCUCGAGCCUCAAGGAUGGCCACCUGCCUCAGAAGGCAAGUGAUGGAAGCUCUGGGGGUCGUCCGUCGCCUGGCCUCCCUCUCAUCGGCGGCUACUUCCAUGCUCCCCGAGGCGAGGUUGUGAAGCCCAUAACUUGCCAUCCUCUUCGAGGGCCGGUGGAGUAUUAUCCUGGCUUCAAUCACUUCCCAGAGGCAGCGGUGGCUUCUCCCUACCAGCAGCCUGGAAAGGAAGCGCCGCUGAGCAGUGGGCCUCAGAACAGGCAGCAAGAGAGCACAGAGGAGCAGCCGGAAGAUCUGCGCCGGAAGCCGAGUCAGCCUCUGCCCUCCUGGAGAGGGGACAAUCCACAGGAGCCCUCCCCCUUCCAGAUGACCAGCCCCGGCGGGAAGAGGGGAUCCCCUUUCCCACACUCCAAGGCCUCUUGGGUUCCCCCGGUGGCCAACCUGGCCAAGGUCAGCCCGCAGGUCCCCGUGAGCUGCGGCCAGCCCAUUUCUCAAGUGCAGGCGAGUAGUGCGGCUCUGAAGAAGCGGGCCUCGGGCGAGGACUUCUUCCUGCACGGGAAGAGGCUAAAAGCCGUCUCCCCUUUUGUCAAGGAAGCGGAAUCCAGCAACGGGCUGGAGCGGGGCAUUUCCCCCAGUGGCCAGCAGGGGGUAGCGAAGCCCAAGGCAGCUGUGCCGAGUUCGGGUUACCCGGUUGCUCCUGUUCCUCAGGUCCAGGAUGUGUACAAAGGCACAAUGUUGAGGAUUCCCAUGAACUUUAGCAACCCGGGGGAGCAUUUAAAGGGGCAGUCAGCCUCGCUGGUCCCCUCCCUCUCCAUCAGCCCCUUUAUUAUACCUGCCUUUCCAACCCCAUUAUUAACUGCUUCCGUUCAGCCCUCCGACCUCUGCCAGCCGCUUGGGACAAGCCUGAUCCACUACCCCACCUCCUACGACAGCACUCUCCGCCACAGGCUCUAUCCGGUGUCGACGUGGCACAGCCAGCCCGCCUACGCCUCCCCCCACGUGACCGCCUUCCGCCGGAACACCAAGCUGUAGCCAGCAGACCCAGGCCACCAGAGACUCCUCAGAGCAACCAAUAGGGAACUGCAGCAGUGCUGCAUUUCAGGUCUUUGGACCCCUGCUCCUUUUUAAAGGCUCUCAUUCAGAAAGGCAGCAGGAAUGUUCCUUUUUUAAAAAUGGACCUUUUUAAAAAUAUAUAUAUAUGCAAAAACAGAAGCAAAAAUACCCCUCCCCCCACUCUUGAACUCUGAACUGUAUUUGUAUCUGGUAUGAUAUGCAAAUGAUGUGUACUAAACAAACAAACAAACCACCAAUAGGGAACAAAGCUCAUAUAAAGAGAGAUU